UCAAACAUUGUUGUGAUUCUUUGUUGUGAUUCGUGUUGUGAUUAGUAAAAGAAGGUUAAAAGCGUUAAAAGUUUCUCUUUAUUUCUAAUCUUUAUGAGAAAUAUUGUAAAUAAUACUAAACGUUAAACAAUUUCUUAUAGCUUAAUAUAAAAUAUAAAUGACAACACGUGUCUGAAUAUAUGUUAAUAAAACGAAUUAAGUUCAAUAGGUGAUAAUUUUAUUUUAAGUCUAUGGUGAUAACUGAUCUGUAUUUGGUAUUUGGUGUUCUUCUGGUGUUCUUCAAGAUAACUCCUUAUAGCUGAACUGAACUUUUUCUCUUUCUGGUACUGCCCCUUUUUUUAUUAGGAACUAUGGAUAACAUAGACGAAGUAGAUUUAAAACCCCCAACAGAUACUGGUUUUAAUAAUGAAUUAUUCAGUGUGGAGCAUGUUAAACAAGAAAAUAAUGUUUUAGAAGAAAAUUUAAAUGAAGUAUCAUCAGAUAUUAAGUUGGAACCUGAUAUCCAAAUUUUUGAGUUUAUCAACAUCGAAGACAAUAAACAUGAAAAACAUAUCCAAACUAUGGUAGCAUCUGAAGAAAAUUUAGAAAUGGUGAAGGAAUCGAAUGAAUCAGAGAAAAAUGUCUAUAGAUGCUCCAUAUGUAGCUACCGAACGACACGUAAGUUCUGUCUUACCAACCACAAGAAAAGUCACUUGGCAUUGGAAGAACGACAGAUGUUUGCUUGUGCGCAUUGUGACAACAAAUAUAAAACAAGAGGCGGUUUACAAUACCACCUUGAUAAUAAUCAUAUUGAUUUUAGGACAAAGGAAUUGAAGAAACCGCAGGAAAAGAUCUACAGAUGUGCCAUAUGUUCCUACCGAACAGAACAUAAGUCAUGUCUUAAGCGACACGAGAAAAUUCACUUGGCGCCGGAAGAACGACAGUCGUUUGCUUGUGUGCUCUGUGACAAAAAAUAUCUGACAAAAGUGGGCUUAAAAGACCACUUUAAGGAUAAUCAUAUUGAUUCCAGCCCAAUAGAUACUGCUUAUAAUAAUGAAUUAUUCAGUGUGGAACAUGUUAAACAAGAAAAUGAUGUUUUAGAAGAAAAUUUAAAUGAUGUAUCAUCAGAUAUUAAGUUAGAACUCCCAACAGAUACUGCUUUUAAUAAUGAAUCAUUCAGUGUGGAACAUGUUAAACAAGAAAAUAAUGUUUUAGAAGAAAAUUUAAAUGGAGUAUCGUCAGAUAUUAAGUUAGAACCUCCAACAGAUACUGCUUUUAAUAAUGAAUCAUUCAGUGUGGAACAUGUUAAGCAAGAAAAUGAUGUUUUAGAAGAAAAUUUAAAUGGAAUAUCAUCAGAUAUUAAGUUAGAACCUGAUAUCCAAACUUUUGAGUUUAUCAACUACGAAGACAAUAAACAUGAAAAACAUAUCCAAGCUAUGGUAGCAUCUGAAGAUAAUUUAGAAAUGGCGAAGGCAUCGAACGAAUCGCAGAAAAAAGUCUAUAGAUGUUCCACGUGUAACUACAAAACGGCACGUAAGUUCUGUCUUACCAACCACAAGAAAAGUCACUUGGCAUUGGAAGAACGACAGAUGUUUGCUUGUGCGCAUUGUGACAGCAAAUAUAAAACAAGAGGCGGUUUACAAUACCACCUUGAUAAUAAUCAUAUUGAUCCCAGGACAAAGGAAUUGAAGAAACCACCGGAAAAGACCUACAGAUGUGCUGUAUGUCACUACCGAACAGAACAUAAGUCAUGUCUUUGGCAACACGAGAAAAUUCACUUGGCGCCGGGAGAACGAGAGUCGUUUGUUUGUGUGCUCUGUGACAAAAAAUACCUGACAAAAGGAGGCUUAAAAGACCACCUUAAGUAUUAUCAUAUUGAUUCCAAGACGAAAGAAUUGAAUAAAUCGAAAAAAAAGGUCUAUGGAUGUCCUACAUGUAGCCACCAAGCAGGAGAUAUGUCAGCCCUUAGGCGACACCAGGCAGUUCAUUUGACACCGGAAGAACGACAGAUGUAUGGUUGUGCGCACUGUGACAAAAAAUAUAUGUCUAAAAGUGACUUAAGACGUCACUUUGAGGCUAAACAUACCAGAUCAAAGGAAGUGCAGGAAAAGGUCUAUAAAUGUGGAAAAUGUCACUAUGAAACACUACGUAGAUCAUAUUUUACAAAACACGAGCAAGUUCACUUGGCACCGGAAGAACGACAGAUGUUUGCCUGUGAGCAGUGCGACAAGAAAUAUAUGUCAAAUUGUAGGUUACAAGAUCACGUUAAGCGUAAUCAUACUGAAUCCAGACUGAAAGAAUCGCAAAAAAAGUUCAGAUGUUCCAUAUGCAGCCACAAAUCACGAGAUAUGGCAAACAUUAGACGACACGAGGUAAUUCACUUGACACUGGAAGAACGACAGAUGUUUGGUUGUGCGCAUUGUGGCAGGAAAUAUAGAUCAAAAAAGGGUUUACAAGAUCACCUCAAGCGCGCUCAUAUUGAUUCCGGAAAUGCUGAUUGUAUAUCUCCAGCUGAUGAAAAAUUCGUAAUUGAUGAAUACACUCCACAUUUGGAUGACUUUAGACAUGCUGAACGUUUACCGGUGACUAAUAAAGUAAAAUCGGAAGAUUUUUUAAAAAUAGAAAUUGAUGAUGAUGACACCCCGAUUUUAAAUAAAGAAAUGCAAGAUGACAUUAGAAAUACUGAAAAUAUUUCUGUAACUCGGGAGUUAUAUAUUAAGUUAGAAGAUUUUAUAAAAAUGGAACCUAAACGAAGACGUUCUGUUUCUGGAUGAAGAUUCCCGUUUUUAGAGGAAUGUAGAAUGAGUGAGAGGGGGGGUUAAUCACUGCGACCUUAAAGAUCUAUUGUGCCUUGAGUUAUCACACAG